AUGAAGGUAUACCGCUUGUGCGAGAGUGAUGGUGCUGGUGCUGGCUACACCAGUGCCUUCAUGGUAUACAUGGGCCAGGACCGCGGCGACGUGCCUGCCAGCAUGAAGGCCGUGACCGAACUCAUGAACCGCGCCUGCCUCUUCGAAAAGGGUUAUGAGCUGUACUUGGACAACUGGUACAGCUCCCCGGAACUCUUUCACUACCUGUCAUCGAGGAAGACGAACGUCGUGGGAACACGACGUCGACUACCAGACUUCGGCGACAGGGAUGUUGGCUAUGUCUUGGAUGGAUCGGAAGAAGGUGCAUUUGCUUUCGACCAUCAACAGCCCAGACAUUUUGACCUGCCCCUGAACCGCGAUAGCAUAGUCCGGACGAAGCCCCAAGUCGUCGUCGACUACGUGGGAAAGAAGGGGGUAGACCUAACCGAUCAGUUGGCCGCGUCGUACUCCACCGCCAGAAGAAGGAACAAGUGGUAUAAGAAUGUCUUUUACACUUGCUAG